AUGCGCCCGACCAAGAUUAAGGUCACCGCAAAGGACCGGCUUCAAGCCAAUGCCAUAGCGGCCGACACUGACAAUGCGGAGCUCUACCGGGUGUUUAUCCCUGGUGGAUCGGUGAAGGUAACCGGUGUGGUCGAAGAUUUUGACUAUCUGGAGGGGGAUAUUUUGAAGAAUGGUCUCGGAAUUUUUCCGUUGCCAGAUACUCCAAAAUAUCUAUUUCGCGGCCUACUGUUGGUGUGGAUGUUGCACGUCGCGUUCGUCGUUAGUGUAUCCAGGAAUGAAACAAUAUCACGAAUUCCUGCUGGUGAAAAUGUUACUGCUACCAAUAUAACUGAUGGAAAUGUAACGCUUACAAAUGUAACUGAUGGGAAUGUAACUGCUGCUAAUGUAACUGUAACCAAUGUUGGGACUGUAACAGGUGUAAGGAAUGGGAUUUUAAAGCGAUCUAAUCGGCAAAUACCUUCAAACAGCUUAAUUCCCUAUGGAUUAGGCAUUUCUAGCAUUUUACCAGUCGGUGGUGCUGUCUCGAAUGUCUUAUCAUUAGGUGGUGGCAUUUCGACUCCAGGGCAAUCCAUUACUUGUCCCGCUGGAAGCAUAUAUCGUAAUGGGCAGUGCUUGCAGACAUUAGGCUACUGUGGACCAGGCUUUAAUCUGGUCGGAAACACCUGUGUCGGUCAGGCUGUUUGCCAGCAAGGAUACAACCUUGUCGGUGGACAAUGUCAGCUGCAAGCCCCAUGUGCUACGCAAAUGUGUGGAAUGGUACAGCAGGCAGUUCCAGUAGUACAAGUACAACAAGUUCCGAUAAUCCAAGCUCCACCCCCACCAAUAGUAACAUGUACUUGUGAGGCAGGUUAUGUACAAAUAGGCAAUCAGUGUAUAAAGCAAGAAUCGAAGGCGGCUGAAACACGUACUCAAGAGAGUAGCCACGUCGAACAGCUUACCUGUCCGGCCGGGUAUGAUCUGAGUUACGAGGAUUGCGUUCGGCACACCACCCAAGAGGCGCACUGCGAGCGAGGAAAGCUGCAGGACGGUGUUUGUGCGGUAUCCGCUGAGUGUCGCUAUCCCUUCGUGAACGAUGGGUAUGGACGGUGCAUCAAGAAUACGACCACACAAGCGAAUUGUCCAUCGGGAACAACGCUAGUGGGAGACGUAUGUCACUACAACACACCCGAGUGUCCAACGGGCUACCAGAAGCAAGCCGGCAUAUGUGUUCAACAUGAAGAAGCUCCGGUCACCUGUGAGGCAGGAUCCUUUUCUGAAGGUAUGUGUGUCGUGGGAAACCCGGAGUGUCCACCAGAGUAUCGAGCAUCCGGCGGCCAAUGUAUGCUGGAGCGCCGUACUGCUCCACGUUGUCCAACUGGGACGAGACCCCAAGGCGGUGUGUGCAUUGUGCAAGAAAUAAGCUGUCCUUCGGGCUUCACUGAUCGCGGUGGCGGUGUUUGUGUGAAUCAAGAACGAAGACCCGUCUCCUGCCCGAACGGAGCACGUCUAGUGGGCGAUGUCUGCGAAUUAGAGCGGGAGAUUUGUCCGCGUGACUUCAAGCUCGAGUACAUGCAGUGUGUCCGGUACAACCAACAACCCGCGACCUGUCCCCGUGAGAUGCGCCUGUUAGGUGGCGAGUGUAUUUCAUCAUCAGUGAGGUGUGAGGCGGGAUUCACGCUAAGGAAUGGUGAGUGCGUACGGGAACUGGUUGGCCGACACACCUGUCCACCCGGCAGUACUCAACGCAAUGAACAGUGCGUUGUGGCUGAACCGAGAUGCGAUACUGGAUUCGUACUGCGUGACGGUAUUUGUGUACAACAGAUCCGAGAGCAACCGCGCUGUCCGGCAGGAGCUCAGUUCCGCAACGGUAAGUGUGUUAUGCACGUCGACGAUUGUCCACCGGGAGCGGUAUCGCGCGGUGGAGAAUGUGUGCGGGAAGAGCAGGUGUCACCAACGUGUGAAGUUGGGUUUUCAUAUGUCCGAGGUCGAUGUCUGGCGCAACCACAGUGCGAGAAUGGUUACAACUACAGAAAGGUCGAUUCCAUGUGUGUAAGCACGACCAAGACGGCGAUGUCUUGUCCGAGUGGUUCAGUACUAGAGGGCGAACGGUGUAUUUCGCGUGACAUGAUCUGCAUGGAGGGCUACACGCUGCAGGGCAGCCAGUGUGUGAUGCAGAUGACUACGCCCAAAGUUUGCCCUCCAGGUUCUACCAUGCAUCGGGACCGGUGUCAAACGAGCAUUGCGGCUCAAUGUCGUGACGGAAGUAUUGCCAGGAAUGGUGUUUGUGAAAUUCAGGAAAUAUCCUAUCCAUCCUGUCCAGCAGGUUACAGUUACUACGGCGGACAGUGUCACGGUACAAUGGCACCUGCAGCUCCGGCACUUGCUCCAAGUCCCUGCAUGUAUGGUGGCUGUGCAAAUCCUUGCACAACCGGUAUUUGCGGGUUUCCUUGUGCAUCUGGAUGUGCCACACAAACGGUACAGACGAUUCAGUCGACGCAAGCAGCUUCCUGUCCCGCAGGGUUCAACAUGAACAAUGGUGUAUGUACACGGCGUUCCGUCACACAGCUGGAUUGUCCGUACGGCUAUACCAUGGAAUCCGGUCAGUGUAUCGCUUAUCACACGAUGACUUGUGCUGCGGGCAGUAUUCUGCAAGGUGAUCGAUGCGUGCGUCUACAGACACAGUCUGCCUCCUGUCGGGAAGGUUUCCAGCAGGUAGGGGACUUAUGUGUCUACAUGCGACCAAACUGCCCAUCAGGCUAUGGGAAUGAGGGUGGAACAUGUGUGACCGUGCAUGAAAAGGCCGCCAUCUGUGCGAUUGGAAGCAUCAUGAAACAAGGUUACUGUGUCACUAUUCCAUCCUGCCCGCCUGGCUACCACAUGAACAAUGAUGUUUGUCAACGGGAAGAACUUACGGUUAUUAAUUGUCGAGAUGGAUUUAUGUUGGUCAAUGGAGAGUGUAUCGCACAAACAAGCUGUUCAGCCGGAUUCCAGCUGGAGGAUAACACAUGCGUGCGCGUGGAACAGCGUACUCUAUCGUGUCCACCAUCGUCACGGCUUGUACGUGGUUUGUGCGUAAUUGGCAGUCCUGUCUGUGAGCACGGUUACGAUUACGUCGGAGGUCGUUGCGUUAAAACGGAAUACCGACGACCGAUAUGUCCGCCUGAAACACGCAUACGUGACAAUCUGUGCAUAUUAGCCCGACCACCACAGUGCGAAUAUGGUUACACGUUCUCAGGAGGCCAGUGCACAAAGUUGGACCGACAACCGAUCAAUUGUCCGUUCGAUUUCCAAGUGGUGAACGAUCGGUGCAUCUCGCAACGCUUGAUCUGCCCGGUCGGCUAUACGCUGAAGGGAAAGGAAUGUGAGCGUGAAGUCCGCCGUACGAUUUCCUGCGCAUAUGGAAGCACUCUACGCGGUAAUCUCUGCAUCGGCGAAGGUCCGUCUUGCGAACCUGGCUCCAGAAUGGUUGGCGAGGAAUGCGUCCGUGUUAGCUACAAACUACCAGAGUGUCCUCCCGGUACAAUGUUGACCAAUGGGCGCUGCGUGCGUAGUGCAACUUGUGCUACCGGCUACCAGGUUCGCGGCAACCUUUGCGUAAAGCGACGUGUCGCUCAUCUAACGUGUGCUCGUGGAUUUUUGCAGGACGGAAAUUGUGUCUCGUCGGGUCCGAAUUGUCCCCCAGAGUACGAGAUGCGUCGGGAUCAGUGUGUACGGCGUGAAACUACGCAACCGAGCUGUCCGUUGGGAGGAAGUCUGCAAAACAAUAUCUGUGUGAUUGGUCGACCAGAAUGCACAAAUGAUUUCCGGUACGGGAACGGCCGCUGUACGAAAGUGACGAGAAUAAGGGCCCAAUGCCGAGGUACUGCUGUACUGAGGGAUGGUAUGUGCGUGACCAAGAUGACUACAUCUAGCGCCUAUUGCUCACAAGGGUAUAUUCUUCAGGGAGACAAGUGUGUGCGUAUGACCUACGCACAACCAACAUGUACGACCACUUCUUCAGCAUCAAUAUCUAGCAGCAACAGCGUGUAUAGCAAUAACAUAGUUUCAAGUGCACCAUCGAUCAGUACCAUUAGCGGCAGCGUAGUGAGUAGUGCACCAACGAUAGUAACUGAGACAAUUCAUUCCAUACCAUCAUACGUCCCAGUCGAUUCCGGCACGUCCAUCGCUUCGAACGUAGUCACUUCGUAUGACGAUGUGAGAUAUAAUAGUAAAAGUAGUAAUAAUUUUGACGAUUAUAUCACCGAAGAAAAGUUCGUCAGCAGUUAUGAGGAGAAUCCCACCUACUCCAGCUCCAAGGUAGACACAUCUUACGAUAUAUCGUCCUACGAUGUUUCUUCCUACGACGUAUCGUCUUCAGCAUCCUACGGCAGUGCGUCCUACGACAGUUCGUCCUAUGGCAGUUCUUCCUACGGCAGUUCUUCCUACGACAGUUCGUCCAAUUACAGUUCAUCCUACGAUGCUUCAUCCCAUGACAGUUCAUCACAGUCUACGGAAGUAACACGAGAUAAACGUUGCACCGUGAACGGCCCUCGCGUGUGUACGAGCGAUGCCGCAAGUUGGACGUGCAAGCAGAAUCAAUAUCGCGACAUUGCAUCCAGUUAUUGCGAGAGUGAAAGCUCGGUCAUCCAAUUGGUUGUAGAUGAGCACAUGGCCUAUAACGAUACGUUUAUUGUAAUGGCUCCACAAGUACCAGAAGAAGAAGGAUUGGACGGUUACGAUGAAGAUGAUGAUGAUGCUGUUGAAGAAGAAGAGGAAGGAUCGGCUGACUGCAGUGAUUGUGCAGAUCAAAGCUACUCUUGCUCGAAAAUAUGUUUCACAUACGAAGAGUGCGGCGGCUGCACCACCAUCAAGCUUGAGAGCUUUUGCGAGACAACAAAAUCAACUGAGUUGUGUGAAUAUUUAAAGAUCGAAGGAUAG